AUGUUCGUGAUUGAAGCUUAUCGGACGCCACGAGACCGUGGGCCUUACCCUGCCGAUCAGGUCAUCAAAGAUCUUGAAGGAAGUUUCGCAUUUGUUGUCUACGAUAGUAAAUCCGAAACUGUUUUCACUGCACUGGGUUCAGAUGGAGGAGUACAUUUGUAUUGGGGAAUAACUGCAGAUGAAUACCAUGGAAACACUAAAAUGGAAGGGAUAAACAUUUCACAGGAAGAAGACAAGCCUUUGUUCAAACUGAAUUCGGAUGUGUCUUAG